CCCACUGCGUUUUGAAAUAAGCUCUUCAAAUAUAUUCUUCCCCCUCGUCGAGUUAGCCAGCGAGUCUUCGAGCAAGACGCGUCGUAUAGCCUCAAAACAGCAAAGUUUUUUGAUAAAACACGAAUGAAACUUCGACUCAGUGCUUGAAUGUAGCAAUGCGGUGUUUCUAACUGAAGUAUACGCUAGUUAUUUGUCGUACUUUCUCUUAACGUUACUCCUUCGAGCACCAUUUUUAUUCUGCUAUACAAAUUGCAAUCGUUUUUAAGUCGAUCAACGUGGGAAAUGAAUGUCUUAAUAUGGAUCACACUGUGUGGAUCCUGCGUGCAAGGUGCUGCUGGUGUUGAUGAAGACCGUGCACCUGUGUCUGUGACAGAAGGAAAUUCAGUCACUCUACACACUGAUGUUACAACAAACCAACAAGACAGGAUUAAAUGGUAUUUUGGUAAAACUCUCAUCGCUCAAAUCACUGGAGGUCAGAGUAAGAUCUGUACAGGUGUUCAGUGUAAAGAGAGAUUCAGAGACAGACUGGAGCUGGAUCAUCAGACUGGAUCUCUGACCAUCAUGAACAUCAACCUCUCAGACUCUGGAGAAUAUACACUACAGAUCAUCAGCAGAAGCAUCCUCAGUGAAAAGAUCGUUCAUGUUUCUGUCUGUGGUGUUUCUGGUGAACAAGAUGAAAUGAAGAGAAAGUCAGUGAAGGAGGGAGAAUCUGUCACUUUACAUCCUGGUGUAGGAAGAAAAGCAAAUGAUUUGAUGACGUGGUAUUGUAAUGGCAUUGUCAUCGUUGAAAUCACUGGAGAUCAGAGUAAGAUCUGUUCAGAUGCUGAUUGUAAAGAUAGAUUCGGAGACAGACUGAAGCUGGAUCAUCAGACUGGAUCUCUGACCAUCAUGAACACCACAAACACAGACUCUGGAGAAUAUAAACUACAGAUCCGCAGUAGUAGCAGUAUUGUUGUCACCAGUUUAAAGGGCUUCAGCGUUUAUAUCACUGCUGUUCCAGAUUCAGGACUGUCUCCAGGAGCUGUAGCAGGAAUAUGUGUUGCUCUGCUGCUCGUCGUCUGUGGAGUCGGUGGUGUUCUUGCAAAAAGGAAAGGUGAGAAUUAAAGCUGAUUUAACAUGACACAAAUAUAAAAUGAAGUGUGAAGAGAAUUGUUAAAGGGUCAUAUGAUGCUGCUAA